UGAAUCUGACUCUCAAUAUGGAGAAAGACUGAUUUCUUUAUGGCUAAAGUUUUAUAGACAGUUACUACAUAAAGAGAUAAGAGAAAAUGAUAUAAAAAUAUAUAUAAUUAGUCAUAUGCUUCUGGUUUGUAUGUAAAUGCAUAAAUGCAGAAUGAUAUUCAUAUGUGUUUAAUUGUUUAUGCAUUGGAUCCCUCGCACAAAGUGGGUUUCCAUUUUAAUUUCUCUGUUUCAGGACCCACAUAGUUUUAUAAAACAAAGUAUUCAAACCUUCUUAAUCCAUUAUAGGCUCGUAAAUUUUACUCUACCAUAUAUUAUCAGUCACAGCUUUAAAAAUUGAUCUUAUAAUUCAUCCAAUGAUAUAUUUACAUAUUCUUUAUAAAAUAUUUAUUAUCUUAUAGAAUUAUGGCUAUUAACAUGUUAAACUCCUACAUUUUUCGUUGAGACAAUGAGUCCAAAACUAUCUAUACUGGUUAUAGUAUUAUUAUAGACACAAUAAUGUGACUAAGUGAGUGGGUGACUAAGUGAGUGGGUGGCGAAGCGAUUUUUUUUUUUUUUUUUUUCAUCUCUUAGAAAUUUAUAAAUUAGAAGUUCUUCUCAUUUUACUGUCUGCAUGCCUCUCGCUCCCUUGUCGAUGUGGAGGUGUCGUCGCUCUUCGUUAUAUACCAAGCGCACACACUCACAAAUAUCAAAGAUACACUCACACAAAGAUCUCAAUUUCAAUUUCUUUGCUCCUUAUUUGCAUCAUAUAUAUAUAUAUAUAUAUAUAUAUACAAAUACAAUAAUAUAAACAAGCACACAUAUGCAUACACGUAUACCUUAAUAUAUAUCGAGAUCUUCUUGUUGUUUCUGAUAUCAUAGUCAUUAUUUUUUCUUUUGGUAUUACUCUCGCUUUUCCUGCUUCUCUCCCUGUAUGUGAUAAGAUGUCAAAUAAUAAGAUUUUUCAUUUAUUCUCUGAUGACAAAGAUAUCGAAGCCAUGCAACAACCCGAGAGUCUCCUAGUUCCAUCAAAACCGGACUCUGAUUCAUCAUUAUCUCCGCAUCAUCAAGAAAAUCAAUCUAAAAGACAACAAAACCACCAGCACCAACAACAAGAUGAAGAACUAGAAAAGCUCCAAGAUGGAUCGAGAGGAAAACGAAAAUGGGAAUGUGAGGAUGGAAAUUCUCGUGUAAAGAUCACAGAGACGCCGAGAAACUCGAACAGUGUGUGUUAUUGUCCUCCUCGACCGCCGAGAAAGCCAAAAGCUAUUCCGGCGAUGAAACGGAGAGCCAUGUGGGUAAAGAGAUCGGUGGUUUUUUUAGAUGUAGCCAGAGAGGUCGAAUCCAUGUUUCCUCCGUCUGUUCUUCAAGAUUUUAGUAAAAAGAUCAAGAAAGCUAGAUCUUAAUCGAUAGUCUAUAUAUACACAUAUAUAUAUAUAUAUAU